AUGGAUCUUCCAGUUGUGGUUGAUUCGAACGACGAUGAAAUAGUCUCCCACGAACUAGAGCAAAUGAGGAGUAUAUUGGAAGAGGCGAUUUUGGAAACGCGCAGCACCCAUCUAGAAAAUCGACCGCGACUUCCCCGCAUACCCCUAAGCAAGCGAAAUCGGGCUGUCGUGAGGGCUCUUAACCCAAUGCUGGUGACCUAUUUGGAAGCCAGCCGGGACCUUUGCGAGACGGACUCGAUUCUCUUUGGCGCCGCAGUGGCAGUUUGCCGUAUUAUUGGCGCCAAACUUCCCAUGGCUGGACGCGCUACUACACAAAGUAGCGCCAUCCCAGCCUGGAGAAAAAGAAUCGAGGACCGUAUCGCAAAGGCAAGGGCCCUUAUCGGCAGACUGACAAGCUUCAGGUCGGGUAAUAAUAGACCGAGGAUUAUGCGCACCGUUAGGAUGGCGUUUGCUGGGACAAAUAUCAGUUUGUCCCAGCCGGAUAUCACGCAGAAACUAACGGAGCGCAUAGAUGACCUGAAGCAAAAGAUCGCUGCUUGGGGGAAGCGGAUUCGACGAUUUUCCGAGGGGUCAAGGUGGUUCAACCAGAAUCGUCUCUUCCAGAGUGAUCAGAAGAGGCUCUAUAAAUCAUUGGAGCAACCAAAGGUAUGUGGAGCGGGCCAAGGACCGGAUCAGGUUGAGAUUAUCGCAUUCUGGCGUGGCCUGUGGUCAGAGCCCGUAAACCACAGCAAGGGCCCUUGGAUGGAAGUUGUGGCGAGCCAGGGUGCGAGUGUUACGCCUAUGGACCCCAUCACCAUAACGCCAGAAGACGUGGCUGAGGCGGUCCGUAGGGCCCCGAACUGGAAAAGUCCGGGGCUCGACGGGCUGCAUCAUUACUGGCUGAAGGGGUUCAUAGUGUGUCACGCUGUGCUCGCCCGACAGUUUCAAGAGGCUCUCGAUCAGAAGUCACUCCCGAGCCUCUUCACUACUGGGAUCACUCACUUGGUUCCUAAAGAUCAAGAUACCACAGACCCGAGCAAAUACCGCCCCAUCACGUACCGGGUUCGGUAUAUCUUGCGCUCAAAUAUAUUUGAUGUCGCCGAACUCGAACGACUACGACGUGAGGCUGUUCCCUCAUCGGAUGAAAAUGCUACGGCUGAGGAUGUGGCGCCACAAAUUGCAGAGCAACCCGCAAAUGUGAAUGCCGCCAUGAAUACCCCAGUUGUGUUUGAUUCAAACGAUGAUGGAACAGUCGCCCAGGAACCCUAA